AGGCGAGGUAUUUUUCAUUCUGGCAACUGUCUUUGAGAACUGCUGUCAAAAAUUUGUGUUUCCGGUCUUUUCAUUUCUCCGUGGCAUGGCGGAUGGUCUUUACCGCCGCCUAUAGUGUUUUUUAGGAGAAAUAUCUUCGCUCGUAUAGCGAAAUGAGUUUAUCAGUAGCCCGACCGCUCGUGUCGGUGUACUCAGAGAAGAGUGAGUCGGUGGCCGGAGCGGCUCUGCCCCUCCCGUUCGUGUUCAAGGCCCCGAUCCGCCCGGACCUUGUCAACGAUGUCCACGUCUCCAUGUCCAAGAACUCGAGGCAGCCUUACUCCGUGAGCAAGGAGGCUGGUCACCAGACCAGUGCCGAGUCAUGGGGUACCGGACGAGCUGUCGCGCGUAUUCCUCGUGUCCGUGGUGGUGGUACCCACAGAUCCGGCCAGGGAGCCUUCGGCAACAUGUGUCGCGGGGGCCGCAUGUUCGCGCCCACCAAGCCGUGGCGCCGCUGGCACCGUCGCGUGAACCUACGCCAGCGCCGCGCCGCCGUCGCUGCUGCGGUCGCCGCUGCCGGCGUGCCCGCGCUUGUGCAGGCUAGAGGUCACAUCAUCGAGAAGAUCCCCGAGCUGCCCCUCGUGGUCUCCGACAAGGUGCAGGAGAUCAACAAGACCAAGCAGGCCGUCAUCUUCCUGCGCCGCAUCAAGGCCUGGUCUGACGUGCUCAAGGUGUACAAGUCACAGCGCCUGCGCGCCGGCAAGGGCAAGAUGCGCAACCGCCGCCGCGUCCAGCGCAAGGGACCCCUCAUCGUCUACCACAAGGACCAGGGCCUGACCCGCGCGUUCCGCAACAUCCCCGGCGUGGAGAUGCUGAGCGUGGAGAAGCUGAACCUGCUGAAGCUGGCGCCCGGCGGACACGUCGGCCGCUUCGUCAUCUGGACCCAGUCCGCUUUCGACCGCCUCGAUGCCCUGUUCGGCUCAUGGAAGACACCCUCCAAGGAGAAGAAGAACUUCAACCUUCCCCAGCCCAAGAUGGCCAACACCGACCUCAGCCGUCUGCUCAAGUCUGACGAGAUCCGCAAGGUCCUCCGUGCCCCCAACAAGCGCGUGACCCGUGCGACCAGGAAGCUGAACCCGCUUACCAACAGCAAGGCUAUGCUGAGGCUCAACCCGUUCUCGGCUGUCCUCCGAAGGAAGGCGGUCUUGGACCAGCAGAGGAGGAACAACAUCCGUGCGUUGGAGCUGGCUGAGAAGCGUGGCAUCAAGCUGCCCGCUAGCGACCCCGCUGUCAAGGCGGAGAAGCUGCGAGUGAACCGCGCCAAGUCCGUUAAGCUGGCCUUAGCGAAGAAGCCCAAGAAGGCGGUGAAGAAGACCCCCCCGCCCCCCCCUAAGAAGAAGGCCGCAGGAAAGGUCGCCAAGGUCGCCAAAAAACCGGUGGCCAAGAAGUAGAAGGGACAAUAUAUUUUAUAAAGGACA